UACUCAUACGUGUUUUUUUUUUUUUUUUUUCGCGUUCAUGUCAACUAGACAUGGAACCGGCAUGAUUAAUUAUGCCGCGUAGGCUACCGGCUGAGCGUAAAUCUAGAGCUAAGAGCCAGGUGCGAAGAGGCCCCAACAGGACAGAUGUCCUUCCUUCCACCUCAGGCAGCUCCACGAGCCCACGAGCAGAGCCCACUGUUGCACCCUCCACCUCUCAGCCCACCCAGCAUGGACCCAUGAGGCCAGAGAGGAAGUGCAGGCAGCUGCAAACCCCGGGCAACAUGCCCCCACCGGCUGCCGUCCCCACUGACAAAAGCAAGAGAAAGAGGGACUAUAGCAACGUGGUCACAGCCCAGGAGACCUCUACUAGCGAGAACAUCGGUGAGGUGGACCCAUCAGUGCUGAAAAGGACAUGUGCUGAGCCUCACGCUACAAAGAAGCUGAGGAAGACCAACAAGCCACCCAAUGAUCAAGCAUCCUUUAACCUUAAGUACACAAUGGGAGACCUGCUUGGUAAAGGAGGGUGUGGAUGUGUUUUUGAAGGAACCAGACAUUCUGAUGGAUUACAAGUUGCCAUCAAGAUCAUCCCCAAGGAAAAUGCAGGUUGUUAUAUAGCUGUGCCUGACACCGGUGAAUACCUCCCUCUGGAGGUGGCCCUCAUGACCAUAGUUUCCAGGCCACCGGAGUGCCCUAACAUCCUCAAGCUCGUGGAAUGGUUUGCAUUGCCCACCGCCUUCAUCCUCAUCCUGGAGCGCCCCAUGCCCUGCAUGGAUUUAUACAACUACUGCGAGACUUUAGGAGGUCAACUCACCGAAAGCCAGGGGAAGCAUAUCAUCCGCCAGGUGGUCCAUGCUGUGAAACACUGCCGUGAUCGCAGCGUUCUACACCGUGACAUAAAGCAAGACAAUUUCCUGGUCAACACUGACGACGUGAUGGUCAAGCUUAUUGACUUUGGCUGUGGGGACCUGUUGAAAGAGGGGCGCUAUGACAGCUUUGCUGGCACGGAGGAGUUUAGCCCACCCGAGUGGUGGUUGCACAAGAGCUACCAGGGCCGCCCGGCCACCAUCUGGUCAUUGGGAGUGCUGCUCUACGUCCUCCUCUGUGGCGAGCUGCCAUUUGUGGACGAUGGUGAGAUUGUCUCCAAGCGACUGCGUUGCAGGAGGGGUCUAUCCAGUGAAUGCCGUAAUCUUAUUCACUGGUGCUUGAGGAAAGACCCAUCCAAACGGCCAGUCCUGGAGGAAAUCCUCCAGCACAAGUGGCUCUCAGCAGACUAGGGUUAGGUUACUGCAAGGAGAGAGAGGAGGAAAUUGUAAGACAAAUGACAAACUAAUCGAUAGUGAAUCUAAAUGUUACACAUUUCACCAAUGAACAUUUAAUUUUUCUCUUUACCAUGUGUGUACAGUAUGUGUUAUCUAACAUCUUUCCACACAAAACCAUUGAGUGACAGGGAAGGAGGUUGCUUAAGGAACAGCAUUCCUUAAAGGCUCAGAACAUCUGGACAAGGAACGCCAUGGGAAAUAUCAUCUCCACAAGAACUGGCAAGGGGGUGUAUUAGUCCACAAGCAGAAUACAUCUAACAUCUAAACAGUAUUCCUGUAAAAUUGUGGAGACUAAGCAGAGUUGAUUGGUUGAGACUUUGAGACUUUGAGUCUCACUGAGCUCUCAUAACCCUGCUGAGUUGAUAACCGUGCAUGAAAAAGGCCCCCUGUAGAUGGAGCAGGCAGCAAAUAUCAUCUUAUAUCUGGUGGGAUCAUCUGGCAACUUAGUGUUCCUGAAAGAACAUUUAAGUGAAGUAACAGAAUCUAAUGAUAUUUGUAUUAAAGGUCAGACAUAGAUCAUACGUAAGAGUUACUCAUUGUAAAUAUCCUCUUCUUAAAGGCCUGCUCCCAUUACGAACACCCCCAUGAAUGACCAGGUUCAGCAAGGCUGGUUGAAUGUCACUGUCUCAGCCUUGUUGACGGCUGCACACCUAGCCAGUGCCUGUGUUAUACUACAAGUACCACGGACUGGGCCUGUUGUGGGAAGCACUAUUCAUUUCAUGAAAAGGAUUUGUUUAAGGACUGUUCCAGAAGGCUUCUCUCCGACCACAGUUGCCGUUCUCUCUCUCCACAGUAACUGGCCACUUCAUUUAUCAAUUAUAUAAUUUUCAAAACAUUGAAUAUUUCAAUAAUAAUAAAAAAAACGAAUGCAUGCAA